AUGACGAUGAGAGUGGAUGAUCGAGUAGAGGUGUUCAAUGUGUAUAAAGCACUCAGAUUACCAGCCCACUAUGAAGAGCUAUCCAUGAUUUCUAUGGUGGAAAGUGAUGUGACGUCAUUGGUACCUUAUAUUAGCCCCAUAGAUCCUCUUGAACGAGCCUUGAUUGGGGAUGAAGACGAUAGUGAGGAUGAGAUGAUAGAAGAAAUUGAGCAAGUACUUAACAUGUCUUGCAAUUAUGUCCAUGGGUUUGGGAGAUUUGAGGAGUUGCACAGCUUGAAUGAUGUGCAAGAAGAAAAAUUGCUCAAAGUGCUUCGUGAGCAUAAAAAGGCUAUCGGGUGGACAAUUGCUGACAUCAAAGGGAUCAGUCCAUCAUUCUGCAUGCAUAAAAAUUUUCUGGAAGAUGAACACCGCCCUAGUGUUGAGCAACAAAGGAGAUUAAUUUCCGUUAUGAAAGAGGUCGUAAAGAAGGAAGUAAUUAAGUGGCUCGAUGCAGGCAUCAUCUUCCCCAUUUCUGACAGCAACUGGAUUGUCAUAUGCCCAGAGGAUCAGGAAAAGACCACUUUUACAUGUCCUUAUGACACUUUUUCUUUCAAGCGAAUGUCGUUUGGUCUUUGUAGUGCAUCGGUCACUUUCCAAAGAUGCAUGAUGGCUAUUUUAACUAAUAUGGUGGAAAAAUUUGUGAAAGUUUUCAUGGAUGAUUUUUCAAUCUUUGGGUCUUCUUAUGAUGACUAUUUGAAGAAUUUAGGCAAGGUUACAAGAAGGAACCGUGUUAGGCAUAUAGUAUCAAGGAGCAACAUUGAAGUUGCUAAGGCGAAAGUGGAGGUGGUUGAAAAAUUACCUCCACCAAUUUUUGUGAAGGGUGUCCGGAGUUUCUUGGGACACGCGGGUUUCUAUAGACGCUUUAUUAAAGAUUUUUCAAAAAUUGCUACUCCUUUGUGUAGGUUGCUUGAAAAUGAUGUAACCUUCAAUUUUGAUGAAGCCUGUCUGAAGGCAUUCGAGGAGCUCAAAAAGAAGUUGGUGGCUGCCCCCAUUAUUGCAGCACCGGGUUGGUCCUUACCAUUUGAACUUAUGUGCAUUGCAAGUGACCAUGCUAUUGGGGCAGUGCUAGGCCAGAGGAAGGAUAAGAUCUUUUACUCCAUAUACUAUGCGAGUAAGACUCUUGAUCAUGCACAGCUGAAUUACACCACCACAAAAAGGAGUUGUUGGCUGUUGUGUGGGCUUUUUGAGAAAUUUCGGGCAUACUUGGAAUUUGAUGUGGAAAUACGAGAUCGAAAGGGCACAAAAAAUCAAGUAGCCGACCGUCUAUCAAGGCUGGAAAAUCAUAAGCACGUGGAGGAAGGUGGAAAAAUUAAGGAGGCAUUCCCUUAUAAGAAAUUGUUUGCUAUCAUCCAAGACCCUCCCAUGUUGAUGAGGAGGUGCAUUCUAGAAAGGGAGGUGGAAUUAGUGUUGUAUGAUUUCCAUGCCUCGCCUUAUGGGGGCCAUCAUGAAGGCUAUAAGACAGUUGCAAAGGUGCUACAAUCUAGGUUCUUUUGGCCAACAUUGUUCAAGGAUGCCCAUGCAUUUGUUAAGAAGUGUGACUAG